AUGGUCACUGCACAGUCAGCGUUGAGGGUGGAGGCAGCUACCUUCGUGCCUCGCAUGCAGCAUCCCAGAGAUGAUGUAGAGAUUUGUUGUGUCGAGAAGGAGAACUUGGAGCAUAUACCCCAGGAAGCCAAUGAAGAGGAAGUGGAGGAGGAAGAAGUUUCAGUGGCUGUUGAUUCCGAGUCCACUGAUAGUGUUGAAGACAUGGACGAGGCGGUCACAUCCUUUACAUCCCUUGACCCUGUGCUAGAUGAGUCCCUUCACUCCAACAGGCCAUCGAAAGAGCAAGACCGAGCAGCUCACAGGAUUCAGUAUGCAUAUCGCUGUCACGUUUCGCAUCGCUCAGGCUCCGCGGUCGAUGUAGAAAUUGAUGCAAUAUUCAGGACAUGCCUCAAGGAGACGCGGUCCUCUGAAUGGCGUCCAAGUUAUUACCGACUUCUUUUCCUUGGACCAUUGCCACACCUUCUGGCGUGCCUGGAACAAGGCAUUACCCUAACCCACGCUGCCAAAGCGAAGAUGAAAGACCUCAGUGAGGUGUCCCAUGAAAAGCUUGAGGAGUUGGAGCCUUCCUCACCAGAUCAUCGUACCCGGGACAUUGACGCCCUCAAACAUGCAGUGUUGGAGGUCGGAGAAUUCAUUCAGAAAGUUCCUGGCAGCACGAAGGAUAUGCAAACCAACUUUCAAAUGGCUCAUAAGGGAAUCGUUGCGGAGAAGAAACUAUUUCGCGUGCAAAAGGAGAAGCCUGCUCUUAACGUCGAGGACCUAUAG